AUGAAGCUUUCACAUAUUUCAAUGAAAGGCCAGGCGAACCCCAAGGCCAAAGUCCUUGGCGAUGUCGCUCAGCGCGCCCCGAGGGGCCGCAGGGCCCGGCAGCCGGGGCGGGGAGCGGGCCCGGGCGGACUACAGCUCCCGAAGGGCUGCGGGCGGCUCCGCUUCCUGCCCCGGCGGGAGCCCAUGGAGCCGACGGAGGGCGCCGAGGAGGUGGGGAUGGUGCAGUGCCCCGUGUGCCUGCGGGAUCUGCCGGGCGCCGACAUCAACCCGCACCUGGACCGCUGCUUGCAGGCCGGCGGGGCCCCGGCCGAGUCCCCCAGCAAGCGGCCGCGCCUCGCCGCCGCCCCGCCGGGCAGCCGGGCCGAGGGGCAGCCGGAGGAGGCCCGCCCUGCCGCCGGCUCCCCCGUGUUCUCUCUCUUCCAGAAGGGCCGCGGCGGCGGGCAGAGCCCGGCAGCCGCCGGCGGGAGGAGCGGCGCGGGGCGGGACGAGGCCGCCGCGCAGCCGGGCCGUGGAUGCGCGGCCGCGCUGUGCGGGGAGAGCCUGGCGCAGAAGCUGGAGGGGAAGCCCCUGGCCGAGCGGCUGCGGCCGGACACGCUGGGGGACUACGUGGGGCAGGAGCCGGUGCUGGGGGCGCAGACCCUGCUGCGGUCCCUGCUGGAGUCCCACGAAAUCCCCUCCCUCAUCCUCUGGGGGCCGCCGGGCUGCGGGAAGACUACACUGGCACACAUCAUAGCCAACAGCAGCAAAAAGAAUGGCAUGAGGUUUGUGACACUGUCAGCCACAAGUGCCAAGACAAAUGAUGUUCGAGAUGUCAUCAGCCAAGCCCAGAAUGAAAAAAGACUCUUCAAGAGAAAAACUAUCCUCUUUAUUGAUGAGAUCCAUCGUUUCAAUAAAUCUCAGCAGGACACUUUCCUUCCUCACGUCGAGUGCGGGACGGUGACCCUGAUAGGAGCGACCACAGAAAACCCUUCCUUCCAAGUCAAUGCCGCUCUCCUGAGCCGGUGCCGGGUGAUUGUCCUGGAGAAGCUCUCGGUUGAAGCGAUGGAGGCAAUUCUGAUGAGGGCUGUCAGGUUCCUAGGGCUCCAGGUUUUGGGCCAGGGCGACCAGCACAGCACCCUUGAGACUGGGAGCAGCAGCAAGAGCUCAGAAUUCCCAGUGUACAUAGAGGAGAAAGCUCUGAACACACUUGCCUAUCUUUGCGAUGGGGAUGCCAGGACUGGGCUGAACGGACUCCAGUUGGCAGUUCAGGCCAGAGUAGCAGCAGGAAGGACCACUCCUUUGAACACUACCAAAGGUGGUGCUGCAGGUGGUGUUCUGAUAACAGAAGAGCAUGUAAAGGAGGGGCUUCAGCGAUCUCACAUCCUGUAUGAUCGAGCAGGAGAAGAACAUUACAACUGCAUCUCUGCCCUGCACAAGUCUAUGAGAGGCUCAGAUGAAAACGCCUCCCUUUACUGGCUUGCUCGAAUGCUUGAGGGUGGUGAGGAUCCACUCUAUGUGGCAAGGAGGCUGGUGAGGUUUGCAAGCGAAGAUAUAGGACUGGCAGAUCCCCUGGCUUUAACACAAGCAGUUGCUGCUUAUCAAGGCUGCCACUUCAUUGGAAUGCCUGAAUGUGAGGUGAUUCUAGCACAGUGUGUAGUGUACUUUGCCAGAGCCCCAAAGUCUAUAGAGGUGUACAGGGCAUAUGGCAACGUCAAGGAAUGCCUGAGGACCCACACAGGACCCCUGCCCCCUGUUCCUCUGCACCUGAGAAAUGCCCCAACAAGGCUUAUGAAGAACUUGGGCUACGGAAAAGGCUACAAAUACAACCCCAUGUACAAGGAACCUGUGGAGCAGGACUAUCUACCAGAAGAGUUGAAAGGAACAGACUUCUUCAAGGAACGAGAAACGUGAUUGCUGUGCUCAGUAUGGGUUUUGGUUUUAUGAUUCCUACAUUCGUACUGGGAUAAAAAUUCCCCUUACAGUGUCAGCUGCCUGUUACCAUGGUUGAAAGAAUUAAGCCACAAG